UUUUGGUUGAUGGAGAGAAACCCAGAACUGGCCGGACUGCACUUGACACUGGUUGUUUUCGCUGGUUGGUAAACAUCCGCAUUGGGUAUCUUGUUCUUCGGGUGAAGAAUCGUUGUCACAUAGAGCCUUACCUUCCGUGCCGUUUCGCUCGCCAGUUCGGUUACGACCAACUAUAUGUUGAGAACCCGAGCCGUGGUUUGAAGACCGAGGGAGGGCUUAUUGACGGCGUUCGGGCAUGACUUUGGACUAUGGUGGGCUGUACUGGAGCCUACUUUGCUCUUCCUUCCUCUAAACGCAAGCCGUUGGUUACUUUUCUCAGCUGCAAGUGGUUCCUUUCUGCCAAUGAGUUCAUAGGCGUGAAGAGUCUUUCAGAACUGGAGACUGAGCAUUUGGCUCGGGUUACUAUCCAGGCUACUCGUAGAGCCGAAUUUUUGAAGAAGCAGGGGAAAAAGCCUGCCAAGCCCUCUCUUUUGAGCAGAGACAGGAUAGAGGAUGAUGAAGAGCUUCUUCCCACUGAUGAUGAGGAUGAGACUUCCGAGGAAGAAUAUGUGGACAUCGAUACCGAUGAGGAGGAACCUACUACAGGUUUGUCCGACUCUUUCUUUUCAGGAUUAAUGGACUUAUCCCUCUUUCGUUGGUACCAGCGUCAUAUUCUUUCUAGACCUCAAUUGACUUUUCAAAAACCAGAGCGAAAGGUCUUGUUUACUUAUCCUAACAAGAUGACUCUUAUCACCCUAGGUAGAGUGGAUAAUGAGCAUGAAUCGCUCGCUUCUCGCUAUGCGAGAUCUCGGCCUAGCGGCAACUCUCCUGCACAGGUUGAGGCACGUAGCAAAUUUAUGCAUGAGCGGCCCGUUGGUUCUGCGAGUGUUAACAUUUCAAAAUGGAAGAAGACUGUUCAUAAGCCACAUGUUGAUCGGCGUCCCUAUGGAGUGGAGUCAGAAGGUAUUGACGGCAGCGGAGAAGGACACCAUGAAGAAUGUGAACUUCCACCGGAUUCCGUAUUCCCUGAUUCCGAUCGUUUGGAUAGUUUCAUGCAGCAGAUGUGUGAUGCCAUUCACGACGAGCCUAUGGAUGUUGACACGAACAUGGUGUCGGGGCAUGUUAAUGGUGUUGAGCCCACUGUUCUACACUCAGAUAAUUUGAAGGAUCCAGGUAUGGACAUCGGGGCGAAAGAGUCCGAUACUACCACUGCAGAAGCCAUCUUAGAGACCAGCUGAAGAUGAAGCCUUUCAUGAUACUGGUCUCGAGGAACAAGGGUAUGUCUCAGCACCGAGUUUUUCAGGGUCUGAUCUUAGACUAUUAGUCGACCUGCUGGCUGAGCAGACCACCAAAGAUACUGCAGGACCAUCCUUUGAGAGCGAUUCGUCCGCAGUACCAGUCACUGGGACUGAUUCAAUCAUGAUUCCCAGCAUUUCUGGUUUACCUCAGGGUAAUGGUCCUACAGGACCAGCCAUCGGGACUGAUACACUUAUGAUUCCUGGCAUUUCCCGUUUACCUGAGGGUGAUGGACCUGCAGGACCAGCCGUUAUGACUGAUGCGUCUACGGUUUCUGGGACGGAUAGCUUGCC